AUGCUCAUCGACUCAUUUCUCUCCUCCUUUCUAAAUCUACUCAACACGUUUUGGAAUCCACCACUUUCGCAUCUCGUCGACGACAAUCAUCACUCAUCGAUUCGACACAUCCCUCAUGCACUUUAUCAAUUUCUUUCCAAUGCUUCUUUCAUCCCUUCAUCAUCUCCAUUCAACCAAGAAUGGAAUACAAAUAAUAAUGUAUUCCUUCAUUCUUUCCAAUCUUCACAAUCAUAUUACAACUUGAUGCCACCAGAAUCAUCCAUCCAUUCCAUUCCGACCACCCUUCUUCAAAUUUUAAAUAAUUCCUCUUCUAACGUUCCUACCAAUUCAUCACCAAUUUGUGACUAUCGAUUGUUCAAAUUAGGACCUCUCUCUCGAGAAGGUUACAAUGCAAGUGUGAUUAAUAACAUUUGUCCUGAUUCGAUAUUCACGCCCAUUGUGUCGGGAGUGUUUUUAUUGAUCUAUUUGUGUGUCGUGUUGAUGGGUGUUCUGGGAGUGAUGUGGAAACGAAAAAGUGGACAUGUGAAAGCGAGAAAUCCAGUGUAUAUGAUUUUAACUGUGUUGGCUAGUUUGUUUUUUGUGGUGUUGAAUUGUUUGCGAUUUAUUGUCGGUCGGAAAGUCUAUCCAUGUAUUCUGUACACGAUAUCAUUCUUUAUCAUCCCGCCAGCGAUUGGGUUGCCAACCAUUGUAAGAUGCAUUCGAAUCUUCUUCAUGUAUAAGUUGAGUACUCAAAAAACGACCAUGUUUGAAGCCAAAAGAAAAUCUGUGACCAAACCUGCCGAUGCAUCCACAAGUCAAACCAAUUCACGGACACGAUUGACCAUUAAAACAACAUCAUUGCUGCCAUCCAUGACCAAUAGUACCAAUCCAGAGAAUGCACCAUUGCCACACAUGGGUGGUGGUGAUGAAUUGAAUCACCGGUGUCUCUGGUCAGAAUCAUCAUGCACCAAUUUAAAUUCUGAAGCAAGUUGUUCCUCAAAGAAUGAGAUUGCUAGUAAUAAUCAACAAUAUCAGCAAAACUUGUUUGGAAAUGUGCUGGAUCAACAAGGAUCAUUAACUGCUGCUGUGGAAAUGAAAGAUAUUUCCAUCGAACAUCAUCCUAAUGACACUACAUCUAAAGAUAGAGAUACGAUUGAAACAAAAACCGAUGAAUCUGACUCCAUUGAUGAAGACUCUCGUUCAUGGUUUACUAAUGAACUCGACUCGGAAAUUUCACAGAAUAACAUUGAAAUGAAAAAAUUGAAACUAUUCAGAGGAUUAGUGAGCUACAAAUUCAUACUUGCUCUUUAUGCUAUUAUAUUUUUUGUCCAUUUGGCAAUUUGGGCGAUUUUUGGAGGAGCUGACGAGGCAGCAUAUCAACAAAGUGGAAAACAUGUCUUCUUGUGGAAUGUUGGAAUGUUUGUUUUUGACACGGGAUGUGUGACAAAUACCAAUACUGUUUUCUUAUUGGCGGCAGAAGCUUUCUUCUAUAUUGUCGUAGAAAUUGUUUUUAUCAUCAUGUUCUUCUUUGCAGAUCGAGACACUUGGGGAAUCAAGAAAGAAACCUUUGUAUUGUUGUUGAUUCAAAUUGGCACUGCAUUGGCAUAUUUAAUCUGUGGACAAAUUGAAGUCAUACGAUUCCUGACAGAUUACUUUGUCCCCUAUGGUUUCACGUUGCUGACCUAUUCACUUGUUGAAGUUUUCAUAUCUGUAGUGUUGCCAGUGUGUUAUGCAAUUUCACAUGACAGAAGAGAAAAAGGCACGUAUGGCGACAGUGAAGUGGAAUUGCUUUUGAAAAAUAAGAAGGCCUUUGGAUUAUUACUAGAUUUUGCAACACGAAGUUACUGUGCUGAAGAUAUAUUGGCCUAUCAAGAUUUUGAAAAAUACAAAAAGAUGUCGAGUAGAAACAGAAAGAAAUUUGCUCUCUCCCUAUUGAACAAGUAUUUAAAAUCAGGAGCUCCUCUAGAAUUGAACAUUUCUGGUCUAGAACAAAAACAUGACAUUUUGUUGAAAAUCAUUUCUGACUCCUCUGUACCUUCACGAGAUUUAUUUGAAGAUAUUAAGAUAUUAUGUCUAAAUAACAUGAUUGACGUUUUUGAGAGAUUGAAAGCAAGCAAUAAGGAAGUGAGAGAAAUGGUUGCAAAUUAUAAGAGAGCCUCCCGUCAGCUCACUGCUCUUCCAACGAAUUCUGUUCCAUCUACCAAUAGAAUGUCCAUCCAUCUUUCCAAAGCACAGAGCUCAGAAUAA